UGACGUUUUGUUGUACAAGUUGGCAGCAUUGGAUUAUAGCAGGCAAAACAUAACCUCAAAAUAUUCAUAGCACAUCCGUAGCCUUAUCAUGUGUUGUUACUUACAUAUUUUUUCCAAAAACUUGAGGUAAGAAGUGUCUAUAAACACCAAAAAUGAAAUCCAAGUCUUUUGACUUGAAGCAGGCUACAACCGAAAAGCACUCAUUUGACAAGACAGCAGGAUUUGUGGGUCUUUACAAAUCGGCAGGUGAAUCCUAUAAAUUUACAGAAAAACACAAACCUGAUGAGAUCGCCAAGAAAGAAACUUCAAAAAAUAAGAUAGUCACUGCUAAACGUGAACGGUCACCGAAUAAAAACAAAAAGAAAAUCAAACAAGACGUUUUAGACAUACCGCAAGUUAUCAUUGAUGGUACGAAUAUAAUAAACUCUGGGUUUUCUCCCAGUGCAGGCCGAGGCAGUCCAGUUAAUGACGUUAAAGUAACUUCUACACCAAAUACUACUGGUAAGAACCAAAGUGUAAAAGUUAAGUCAAUCAUGAAGACUAAAUCGCCCACAGACGAAUCCUUGGAUAGUGCCAGAACAAACGUAUCAAGUGGGAAGCCCAAGAAGAGGAACAAGUCCGUGAGCUUCAUGCUUGAUGACCAUGAGGAGGUUGUGGUAAAGAGAACCAAGUCUGAUGAUUCCAUUAAAGUUAACAAAAAAUCAGAAACCACAACGAAACUUAAUGUCAAGGAUAAAAGAAAAAAUGUAAGGAAGUUAAAAAAAGACAACCAAUCUGAAAAAGAGAAUAAAGCUGCAGAUGUUAAUAAUCAAAUGGAUGUAGACAGUCAAAAAUCUAAACUGAAUAAAGCAAAGAAAUUGCUUGGAGGGACUCCUACAUCACAUAUUGGAGGAGAUGCUGAAAACCGCCAUCAAGAAAUUAAAGAGAAAAAAAAGAAACUGAAAAAGGUUAAGAAACUAAAACCUGACACAGGAUCAGAAGUUACUGACACAGAAAACAAUAACAAUGAGGUAGUAUCAGAAUCUAAAAAUAAGAAACCAAGGAAGAAGAAGCAAGCGAAACCACUGCCAGCUGAUAUAGCAGAAGCUGAGGAUGAGCCAGCUGCCAAGUCCCGGAAGAAAGAACCCAAACCAGACAUCGCUGAGGACUUGGAGAACCUUAGUAUAGGUGACAAUGCUCAUACUUUAACAAACCUUCUUGAUGAAAUGACAGUAGUGGAUAAAGACAAGCGUAGAAAGAUGAAGUCUAAGUUUAACAAGAAGAAGAAGCCAAAAGGCCAGAGUGCCAACAAGGAUGACACGGAGACAGGAGAGGAUGUCAAGGAGAAGGUCAAGUGGAAGAAAAGGAAGUGGAAUAAGGACAAGAAAGGAGACCCUGAUGAAGACAGUCUGGCUAACACUGUGAUCAUCGAGAACCUGCCAAUCUCUAUCAUGUUAAAUUAUAGGAAACUGCUCACUGAGCACUUCCUCAAACAUGGAUUGAUUAAGAAAAUUGGUGUUGCAGAGGUAUAUCCCACAGAAGAAUCUAAGCCUGUGUUCACAACUACCAUCAGUUUUGGUGUUGAUGGAGCUGUAGAGCAGGCUUUGAAAGAAAACAACAGUCAGUUUGAGGGUAGUCGUAUUCGCGUGAAGCGAGCUCUGCCAGCGACUCAGACGACAGUAGUGGUGCGCUCUUACGCCGACUUGACAGACCAAGACCUCAGCACUCUGUUCCUGGGCUCCGGCAAGAUCAGAAGUAUACGGCAUCUUGUUAAGGGAAAGAAAACUAUGUCCACAGCUUUCGUCGAGUUUGACGGCCCAGAGACUGUGGACCGAGCUAUUAAAACGGCAAGCGAUGCUAAAAUUGGAGGGAAAAAGAUACAUCUAGCCAAGUUUGAAAUGCGCGGGAAAAAAAUUAAAAAGCACAAGAAUGAUGGUGACAGCGCCGCUGAUGCUGACAGCGAAGAUUCUAAUGAUUAAAUAAGGCUUUUUAUACAAUAGGAAAAAUAGAAUACAGUUUAUAGAUGAGAAACCUAAACGAAAGUGUUUAUGAUGCAAAAGUUCGCAAAAUAUAACAAUUAAAUUGUUCACUGCCAUGAUCUGAUCAGAAACACGACGAUUCGAUGGAUUGCAUCCAAAAGAAUAGUCAAACGUUUACAUACCAAUCACACGCUUGAUUUUAUAAGUGAAAACCAAUAUGGAAAUUAAUUGUGAUAAUAUUAUUGUUAAAACAUUAAGCUAGUGAAUUGUCGUGUUUCCUCAACAUAUACCAUGAAUACUAUAAUAGUUUAUUUGGUAGCCUUUUGUAUUGUAAUAUUAAAAUAUACACAUUUUUGAUACUUUAAUACUAUGCUAUAGUAUAGACUAACGUAAUAUAGUUUUAAUAACAUAAGUAUUGUGAACGGGUUACAACCACAUGAGUAAAUGUCCUGCAGGGGAUUAAACCUCAGGAAGAGCACAAAAUAGGGUUGUCACAUGAGGAUAAAUAACCAAUUCCUUUCAUUUGUUUGUUGUUCUUUCUUAUAUACAAGUAUAACAAGAAAUAAGUACUAGAAAUAAUACUGUAGGUACCUUAGUAAAGAAAUAGGAUACAAUUAAACAAACCGAUUUUAAUUAUUACCUGAGGUGGUCAAUUACAGUUUACUAUUGUACUAUACAUUUUUAUUGUAUUUAAUAGUGUGAAGGUUAGAUAUUUCCUACAGAAUCGCACCAGAAACAUCAAUGCUCACCCUGUUGCACAGUUGCAAGUUUUGUCACCUCUGUGAGUUAUUUACUCUGUGUCACUAUAUACACGUAACUUAAAGACAAUUAACAUAGUCAACAUAUAGACAAAACAAAUAUUUUGAUUGAUUUUCACAUGUUAUCGCAUAAUAUUAAAAUGUAUUCAUAUGUUACCUUUAAUUAUUUUUGUUUUAAUAGAUGUAUUUUCAUGUUACUUUGGCAAGAGGCAUAACUCCUAUAACAAUCAAUGAGUAACAGUUAUUGUUAAUCAACAUAGCACAUUUUUAAGAUCAUGCCUGAUUCACUGUGUCAAAUGGUUGAGUAAUUUGUAAAUUUUUGUUUUAAAUAAAGUAUGGGUUUACAUGAUUUUAGAGUAUGUUGCAUAAUGUAGUGACGAUUAUGUUGUGCGCGACAAAUAUUAUUCAAUAAACAGACUUGUUGUUUUAAAGUU